AUGGCGGUCUGGCGCGGCCGGAGGCUGUGCGCCAUGGCGAUGGCCUGGCUCACGCUCCUCACGGUGUCCCAUUCGGUGCGCAUCACCAACCUGCGGGUGCCGCACACCUACACUUUGGUGCGUGACCGGGAACCCGAUCCCUUGGUCCUGGACUGUGAAGUGGAGAUCGGAGCGGGGGAGCAGGGAUUCGUCCUGAAGUGGCUGUUCAACAAUCACUCCAUCUACCAGUGGAUACCCUCCGUCAAAGGAUUCGCCAUGGGCUUCAUGAAGUCGAAGAUAGACACCAAAAUAUUCGCCAUGGAGGGCAGUCCCGGUGUUAUAUCGAUAAAGAAUCCCGACUGGAACAUGACGGGGGAGUACACGUGUGCGGUGCAGACCUUUCAGACCACGGAUAAGCGGAGUGCCCGCUUGCAAAUAAUCGUUCCUGAGUCGGAUUUCAUGCUGGAGGCGCGGAUGGGUGUCGCGCGUACGGACGUGGACAUUAUGUGUGCGGUCCAGCACGUCUUUCCGCAACCUAUGUUGUCGGUCAUGUUUGACACUCACAUACUGGAGUCGGUGCUAACGCAGUUGGACCAGGACCCCAGUGGCCUCUAUAGCAUGACCGUGCGCACGCGCAUUCCUAGAGAUCAACUCGAAUCCCCCACCCCGAUCACCUGUGCUUUCAUCCUGAUUGGCACGAACUAUACCAAACGUAGAGAGACUAUUUUUUAUGAUAAGGCCUCAACUAUACAACGCAAAUGGACAACGGUCGCCGUAGUAAUGUCCAUCGCAUCCCUAGCUCUAAGCAGUUAGUUUGGUAGUGUCCUUCGAUGUAGGCUAUAUUGGUUUUUUAUAUAUUUUGAUGACUAGAAUAUUUGAUGAUAUUUCAUUUUUAAAUAGACUUUUAACGGAUAAACGUAAUUUUUUGCGGUAUUUUAAAAAAAAGCGCUUAUUUUGUACAUGCAUGUAAUGUCUAAGGGAAACGAAACACAAAUAAACAAGAAAACACCACAUACAAAAAAACCAAACUCAAAAUGCGAAAGCAAACGAACCCAUUAGAAACAAGAAAGAAAACACUCAUAACAAGAAAUUAUUGUAUUCAUAUACAUACGU